AUGCAGGAGGAUGAUUACAAGCGAUUGAGGGAUCUCACAUCAGUGCCUCGCUCCAUCUAUACAACUUUGUUUCCUCCAGUCUGUACCCUGACUGCAGCUUGUCUUGAAGAUGCCUGCGUGUUGAAGUUCACAUUCCAACAUGCGUUUUGCGACGGAUUAGGCAUGGCUAUGAUUGGGUGGGCCUAUGCAGCUCUCCUCUCCGGAAACCCUAUUGAUAUUCCUGAUUUCCAUCGGCCAGUCACUCUCCGGUUCGACGCCGCCCCCAACAGUCCAUCCGAUCCUCAUCGUUGCCAUGACCCCUCCCCUAGCACACUAAGCACUGGCAGUAACCGCCUGUUCUCCGGGAGACCGUCCCAUUUCACCCUGGGUGUACUGUGGCACCGACUGGCACCUGCGUCGUGUGGCAAUACGGGGUCUUCCCGCAUGAUGCACAUCCCAGCCCUAGUGAUUGAUCAGAUUGCCUAUCAUGCUACAAAACAAGAUAUUCGCAUAAGUCGUGUGGACAUCCUCAUGGCUUUGAUUCUUCAGGCAAAUGUACGGGCAUUCCCCAAUGACCCAAGAACCACUUCCUACCCGCUGGGUUUCAUGCUCAACUUCAACCACCUACUGGUCAAUCCUGCCAAAUUCCACAACAGCUUCUGGCCUGUGCCAAUUCCACGGCCGCCAGACCUCGACCCCAGUCAAGUCAGCCACGAGUCGACGAUUAACCUAGCAGCCCACAUUCGCCGCGUGACGCGGGUCGCUCAAUCAGCAGAAUGCCUCCAGGCUUUCAAUGUCCAAUAUCAGAAAAUGGGGCCCUGGCACCUCUGGCAUCCGCGAGCAGUCAGUCCGUCCCAUCCCAGGACUAUAGUCUCCUCCAUGGCCCAGUUAAACCCCUACGAUCUGGAGACUAAUUCCGGUGUGCGGCCGCUCCUUUUCGACGUUCGCAUUGAAACCAUGGAUCUGGCACAAUAUGUCGGGAUCUACCUGCAUGGUGCUAUCAGUGUUAAUGUAGAUCGCAAAGGCACGGGUUUUUGUUUGACCGGGUCUCUGCAUCCAGAUCUGUGGAGAGAGUUGGAGAUGAUUCGUGAUAGCUUCUUGUACAGAUCGGACCAUGGUUUCAAGUCAAAGCUUUGA